AUUACUUAACCUUAAAUGUAAAUAAGUAAAAAAAAAUUUAUAGAACAAAAUAAAAUUAAUCAGUGAAUGAGUGAACAUGGACAAACAAUAAAGAUAUUCACUUCAUCAUUCAGAAUUUCAGUUCGACAUCUAUAACUACAUCAAGAACAAUAUCUGCUAGAAUCAUCACUGGUAUCUCAUUUUUUACAGUAAAAUUGGGUGGCAUUAGUUCAAAAUGACAUUUUCUCCUGACUUGCAAGUGGUUAUUUUGGCAGCUGGUAAAGGAUCUCGAAUGCCUGAACUCCUAUCUGGAAAACCCAAGUGUUUGCUUCCGAUAGGUCCAAAACCAUUAAUAUGGUAUACACUAUACAAAAUUCAGUCUAUGGGAUUUAAUGAAUGUAUUGUAAUAGUUAUUGAUAACCAGAAACUUGAUAUCCAAGAAGCAGUAGAUAAAUGUGGGUUACACAUUAAUGUUAGAUUUCAUACAAUUCCGCAUGAUGAGGAUUUUGGUACUGCAGAUUCUCUACGUUCCGUUCAUGAAUUAAUUCAUUCUGACGUGCUCCUCUUGCCCUGUGAUUUACUUACUAGUAUAAAUUUUAGCACCAUAAUAUCUAAGUUUGAAUCCGAAGAAGCUUCUUUGGUUGCAUUAUAUCUACAACCACAGUCCUUCAACGGCUUGACACUUCCUGGACCUAAAACAAAGAGUAAACAAGAGAGAGAAAUUAUCAUGAUAGAUGAAGAGAGUGAAAGGUUGGUAUAUCUUGCAUCAACCAGUGACUACGAGACAGUCUUCUCCAAUCAAGAAGCCCUAUCUCUCAAAUAUCCAAGGCAUAAUUUGUAUACAACUCUUGUGGAUUCACAUGUACUGGUACUGAAAAAGUGGAUUAUUGAUUAUUUGAAGAGUCAAGAAGCAGUAUCAACUUUGAGAGGUGAAUUCUUCCCCCUAAUAAUAAAGAAACAAAUGGUUGCUUCCAAAACAGAUGAUGAAAUUUUCAACUACUAUAAGAGUGGCACACGAGAAUUAUACUCUAGGUUUCCAGACGAUGACAUAAGAUGUUUUGCCCAUAUUGCUACGGAACAAGAUAUUGCUGUUAGGAUUAAUACACUGGCAUCAUUCUACUUCAUGAAUUCAAAGUUGGUGGAGGUCUGGAACAGAAUUGCCCCUAAUGAGAAACUUGUUUUAAGGAGCCCCAAAGCAGAUAUUGAAUCUUCCCAAGUUGAUGAAAAAUGUAUUAUUUGGGAAAAUUCGAGAUUGAAGGAAAAAACAUCUUUCAAAAAUAGUAUUAUUGGACCAAAUGUUGAAGUUGGUAGUUUCAGCAGGAUAUUUAAUUGCAUAUUAAUGAAAGAUGUAAUUAUUAAAGAAAGGGUUGCGUUGGAAAAUUGUAUCAUAUCAGAUAACACAGUUAUUGAAUCAAGAACACAGUUGAACUCAUGUAUUGUUGGAUGUAACAACAUAAUCCCAGAAGACUCUAAACAUAGUAAUGAAAUUUUGUCUAAUUCUGAUCGUUUGAUGGAGUAGGUAUCUUAUUGUGCAUCAAGACUAUUGAAUUUGUUGGAAUGAAUUGUAUUUUAUAAGUUAGUUUUUGAAUUUUUUUCUGAGUGUAUUGUUAUAGAAAUAGUAUAAGUUCUUAUUUACAUUUUUAAAUACACAACUACUAAUUAUUCA